AAUUAAUGAUCGAAAAACUAGUUUAUUUGUGUCAAUAUGACCCAUUCUUUAUUCACAUAAGUAUUUUAACUUUUCAAAAUGUUAUCUCAAUCUCCUUUGAGUUUCUGUCUUCCCCAUAAUAAAUUUCAAAUAAUUAAUACACAUGGUUUUUUAAUUAGAAAUAAUGGAAAAGAAAGGACAAAGGAAUAAAAAAGAAACACAAGUUGGCACACUCUCUUUAUUAUUCACUCCCCUCUAUAAAUCUCAUACUAUCUUCUCUCAUCUUCUUGAAACUUGUUUUCUCUUUCCCUUCUUCAAUCAAAACCUAUUUGCAUGCUCUCAAACCCGAAUUAAAUCGACACUUUUCAGUUUUUGUUUUAACAAGUAGAGUUUCCCAAAAUAUUGGAUAUAUUUCUUUUUCAAAUUUCGGAAAAGAAAUGAGUUGCAAUGGAUGUAGAGUUCUUCGAAAAGGUUGCAGUGAAACAUGCAUCCUUCGUCCUUGCCUUCAAUGGAUCGAAUCCGCCGAGUCACAAGGCCACGCCACCGUCUUCGUCGCUAAAUUCUUUGGUCGUGCUGGUCUCAUGUCUUUCAUCUCCUCCGUACCUGAACUCCAACGUCCUGCUUUGUUUCAGUCGUUGUUGUUUGAAGCGUGUGGGAGAACGGUGAAUCCGGUUAACGGAGCGGUUGGUAUGUUGUGGACCAGGAACUGGCACGUAUGCCAAGCGGCGGUUGAGACUGUUCUUCGCGGCGGAACUUUACGACCGAUAUCAGAUCUUCUUGAAUCUCCGUCGUUGAUGAUCUCCUGUGAUGAGUCUUCAGAGAUUUGGCAUCAAGACGUUUCAAGAAACCAAACCCACCAUUGUCGCUUCUCCACCUCCAGAUCCACGACGGAGAUGAAAGACUCUCUGGUUAACCGAAAACGAUUGAAGUCCGAUUCGGAUCUUGAUCUCCAAGUGAACCACGGUUUAACCCUAACCGCUCCGGCUGUACCGGUUCCUUUUCUUCCUCCGUCGUCGUUUUGUAAGGUGGUUAAGGGUGAUCGUCCGGGAAGUCCAUCGGAGGAAUCUGUAACGACGUCGUGUUGGGAAAAUGGGAUGAGAGGAGAUAAUAAACAAAAAAGAAACAAAGGAGAGAAAAAGUUAUUGAACCUUUUUGUUUAAAACCGACGACGCAAAACACUCAAAGAUUUUGAGGCUCUCUUUUUUAGGGUUUUGAGUGGGAAUGGAUAUUUAGUUAAUGAUUUUUCUCUAUCGAGAAAUAUGAUAAAAUUUUGGGGAUAUAUAUUUUGCCGAUGAGAAUAAAUAAUCUGUUGAGAAUUGUUUCAUUGCUAACAUAUGGUGUGUAUGUUUUUUUUUCCAAGCUUAACUAUUCAAAUAUUAUAAAUUAUCAGGGAAACUCAUUUAAAGAGGACAUAUC